CCUCGCGAGCUGCGACAGGCCAGGCCGCGCGCGUCUUCAGGUGAGGUGAAGAUGGACUCCAGACUGGCGGCGAAGGCAACGGCGGAGAGACGACACUUAGCUACGUUGUGUCACCGCAUACGGUGAAAAAGGGCUGAGGCACAAAAUGGACGCGUCCGUGGUCUGGAGAGCGUGAACAGUUACUGGGAAAUAUUAUAUCUUUUCGUCAUCAUGGCCGGACUGAUAAAGAAGCAGAUCCUGAAGCACCUAUCGAGGUUUGCCAAGAAUCUCUCCCCAGACAAGAUCAACCUGAGCACACUCAAGGGCGAGGGCCAGUUAACCAAUCUGGAACUAGAUGAAGAGGUGUUACAGAACAUGCUUGACCUGCCCACCUGGCUGGCCAUUAACAAGGUGUGCUGCAACAAGGCUGCCAUUCGGAUCCCAUGGACCAAGCUGAAGACCCACCCCAUCUCCUUGUCACUGGACAAAGUGGUGAUGGAGAUGAGCACAUGCGAUGAGCCCCGCCCUCCCAAUGGGCCAUCACCCAUAGCAACAGCCUCUGGUCAAAGUGAGUAUGGCUUUGCAGAGAAGGUGGUAGAGGGAAUUUCCCUGUCAGUCAAUUCUAUUGUGAUCCGGAUCAGUGCCAAGGCCUUCAACGCGUCUUUUGAGCUCUCACAACUGCAGGUCUACAGUGUCAACACCAGCUGGGUGGUCAGCGAUUUGAGGUUUACACGUAUCCAAGACCCUCAACGAGGAGAGAUCCUGACUUUCAAGGAGAUCAGCUGGCAAAUGAUCCGCAUCGAGGCCGAUGCCAUCCAGAGUGGGGAUCACGAGAUGCUGAGUGCUCCAAUUCGUCUCAUCACUAACCAGUCCAAGAUCCGAGUCACUCUCAAACGGAGGAUGAAAGACUGCAAUGUGGUGGCUUCCAAACUGAUUCUGGUCCUGGACGACCUGCUGUGGGUUCUCACGGACUCACAGCUCAAGGCUAUGGUUCAGUAUGCCAAGUCCCUCAGUGAGUCUAUGGAGAAAUCCGCACAGCAGAGGAAGAGCACGGCUUCAGAGUCUUCGCAGGGGGCCGCAGCGCCCCCGUCAUCCCAGCAGGUGAGGUCGCAACAGUCAGCAGCAAGCAUAGACCAGAAUGCGGCCAUGGCCAAGCUCUUCAAUGCAUAUGAUGUGCGCGAGACCUCCCACCACCUACAGAUCACUCACCUGGACCUGCAUAUCUGUGAUGAUGUCCACAGCAAGGAUCGAGUAAUAAAUAAGCAGAUUGCAGGAGGAGCCAUGCAGUUGUCCUUCAGUCAGAUCACUGUUGACUACUACCCAUUUCACAGAGCAGGAGAGAGCUGCCAGCACUGGAUGCACUAUAGUGAUGCCACCAAAGCACGGGAAUCCUGGGUCCGCAGCCUGCUGGACGAGUUCAAGGCCAACGUCGAUAUGUUGAAGAAUGCUGUGAAGGAUCAUCAGAGCCUGGGUUCUCCACCCCACACCUCCCCACAGCACGGGAAGAUCUCCACCACAUCCACCAGUGCCUUCACGCCCUCUUCCCAGGCACCCAAAACAAUGCUCAUGUCCAGCUCUGUUGUCUUAAGAAUGGCCGACUUCAGCAUCUACCAGGUAUCGACAGCUGAUCAGCGUCGCUCCAGCCCCAAGACCAUGAUCUCUUGUAACAAGAAGUCCCUCUACUUGCCUCAGGAGAUGCCUGCCAUUCAUGUGGAGUUUACAGAAUACUACUUCCCUGAUGGAAAAGAUUAUCCCAUCCCUUGCCCCAACUUGUAUGCUCAGUUAAAUGCCCUGCAGCUGGUUCUGGACCCACGCAGCUUGGUGUGGCUGAACCAGUUUGCUCUGGAUUUGAGGCAGAGCCUUGAGCAGUUCAUGGAGCUUUACAAGCUGGAUGACUCACAGAAACCUGAUGAACAUGUAGACAUCAAGGUGGAUGGACUCAUGCUGAAGUUGGUGCUGCCCACAGAGCAGGAACUGUCAGGCUCUUCAGAUAUGCCAGGCUGCGUGUCCAUCCAGACAUCUGAGAUGGUGGCCACCAACACACGCCAUGCUCCAGGCUGCCGCCGCUCUGACCUAGAGGAGGUGCUGCAGGAUUUCCAGGUGGAGGAUUUCUUUGUCCAUGGUCCCACCUCCUUUCCACGCAGCACGGAUGCCUUCCGCAUCCUGCAUCCAGUGUUCCAGCGGCAUGCCCAUGAACGGGACACGCGAAUGCACGAUGUGUACCGGGGGUUGAUCCCACCGUCGCUUGGAGCUGAUGCCCUCAAGGCACCUGCUGCUGGAGACCUGUGGGCACUGCGCUUUGCCCAGUUCUGGGCUGACUUUGAGGGCUCUAGAAGUGGGCGUGGCCGGCCUGUACCCUUUGUGGACUCUUUCCCCCUCACCCUGUGGGUGUGCCAACCUGCUCGCUAUGCUCGUUAUCAGGAACAGCAGCAGGCAGCAGCCUCCCUAAAGACCGUCCCCCACAGCGAGUCGGUGGAGAUAGCUGACCGUUUGCACCGUAAGCGUCUGCUGAAGGAAUACUACAGCUCUGAAAAGCAGUCCACUCCCAAUGGCAUCCUGCCCAGCUGCCCCUCUUCCUCCAAAUCUUCAGUGACUGAUGCAGACGUUCAGGUGCUGGUGCAUGUACAAAAACACUUAAGUGUCCAGCUGAGCCACCAGCAGUACGUGUUCCUUCUGCACCUCCAGCAGUCCUUCAGAGAUCUGCAGCAGACAUUACAGCUGGACCAUGAGCAGAUGAGUACACACCGCCCUGAUUGCCAGGAUAUUGACCUUACCAGGCCCUUAGUGUGCAUGGGCCUUCUCCUUCGGAGUGCUGAGGUGGCCUUGCUGAUGCAGCCUGUUCCACAGCCGCCUGACUCGGCUCCCUCAGGGAAUGCCAGCCCCUUGGGGUCUGACCUGUCCCCCUCUGACAGUAAGACCACACUGGGGACAGGUGGUGGUGGUGUUGCUGACCAACCAACUGCAUUGCUAGCCACUGCUGAUGAGCUGCUGUGCUAUGGUCCCAGUGAGGGAGAGGAGCCUCCACGGGGCCCCACCCCCCUCCAGCCCAUAAAAGCCCCCAGUGAUGUGGAAGAAAAGAAUGGUGCUGCAGGGAAGUCGGCCUUCCUGGAGAAGCAGUCCUCGGGGGACCAACUACUAGGACAGCUGGUUGGAGAAGGUGGGACGGUGGAUAGGGAGCCGCUCCCCAAGGCUGAGCCACCUGUACCCAGGGAGUGCACAGACAGCCGGGACAGGACUAAUGCGGCAAGGCUUUCACAGUCCAUGUCCAGGAAAGGAAGUUUGUCAAUGGUGUCUGAUCUCCUGAGCUCAACAAACACCAGGUCCACCUCCCUCUAUACCAUGUCCAACAUUGGGAGGCUCAUGCGGGACCGCUCCCAGUCCAGCUUCUCAGUUUCCUACAAGAACCUAAAGAAGAGUCCAUCACUGCAGUCGCUGGACAACAUCUCCAUUGACAGCUACUUGCUGGAGGAACAGGGCCUGGAGGACUGUGACUCCUACAGCCUGCUGGAAAGAGAAGGUGCUGGGGAUGACGUGUCAAUCUCUGGGUUCAAAGAUACCCUGAGUGACCAGAGUGGGGCAGAGAGCGCCAACGAGUUGUUGGGCCCUGAAACCACCACCAUUUCACCCGAUGCUGUCAGUGCCACCUCACAGAGCAUUGAGGAGCACCCCAGGGACCUGGUGUCUGUGCUGGUACUGAAGAUGCAGUCCUUGUGUGGUGUGCUGGACAUGCAUGGGAAAAGUACAGCUGUGACUCUCCAGGUGGGACAGGUUGCUCCUAGCCAGCUGGGAAACGUCAGCGUGCGGCAGUACCUUAGCAACCGCAGCCUAGGGGGUGGGGUGUCCUCAGUGAGCUCUGCAAGCAAUAAGUCGCAGCCUGAGGUGCAAAUAAGGCUGGAGAGUGGUCCAUGGGCAGCGGUCCGUUCUCCCAUGGCUGCUCGCAGCGGCUUCCUACAGGGUCACCUUCAGGAGCUGAGUGCAGACUUCCUCAUAUCCUCGCUCCGCAGCCUGGCCCACUUCCUGGAUGAUGACUCCACCUCCCAGGUGCUGCCCAUGAGGAUCAACAUCUGCAGCACACGCAUCAACCUGCAGGAUGACAGCACCCGUGACAAUGGAGGUGACACUGAAUCGAAGCCUAUUGCCUUGUACAUUGACAACCUGCUCAUCCAUCGGGAGGAUGAUGGCUCCUUUUCCAUUGGAGGUGAACCUUGCACCCCCAAAACUCCCCUCACCCCCAGGAUGUACCUUCACUGCCCGCCUCCAAAAACCUCUGACCAGCCUCAGGUAGUCGGGACCGAGAGAGCGGACCAUGUUUGUGAGGGAAAGUUAACUACUCUUCCUGAAGUGCUGCCCAGAGUGAAGAGUGUGUCCUGUUCUACGCAGACACCCCUGUGGCCAUCGGAGGGACCCCCUCCUGCCACAACUAGUACAAACGGCAGCAAAGAGCAGCUGCUGCUGGAAGAAAAUGAAUGCUUAAAAGUGGCACUUUCUAGAGCCAAGAUGGCACUGGCGGAAGCCCAGAUGGAAAAGGACUCACUGAUGCACCAUAUGAAGACCCUGAAACUGACUGCAGGGGGCAGCAGUUAGCUGUCAUGCAGUGAGAUGGGGGCCAGGGCUGACACCAGGGACGUCAGGCCAGGCAGACAACCAUCCCCCACCUGGACCCUAGAGCCUAUGGGCCCCAGAGUCACAAAGCGUGUGCUCCGGUUUCUGGUGCUGUUCCAGUGCAGUGCAGCCUGCCCUCGGUUGCAAACUCAUGUGCUGACAAAACACUUUGUGUAAAGUUCUCUGAAGAGGCAGUGUUUGUUUCCCCUCAGCCCUUACCCACAGAGAAAGGGGUCUCAUUUAUACGCAUAUUCUUAAAGCUGCUACUGCCUUCUGCAGCCAGCGAGCUGCAGGACGACAUUCAAAACAUUUGAGCAGGCACAGAUGUGGUUGUGGGUUUGCACGGUCUAUUGUAGACGUGUUUGUGUGCGGGGUUAGAAGAGCCCUGAUGUUUGGAGAAACACACACUACCACUAACUUUGACACAUCACAUUACAAAGUGGUGACAAAGAAUGUCAGGUUGUCAUAUCUUGGAAGGAAUGUCUUAAUGGAGACUAUUUGCACUGUACUAAAAUUGAUCACAUACUUAAUUUUAAGCAAAAAAUAGCUCUUAACAAAUUGUUCUUUAGGCAUUUGUUGUAGUAUUUCAAUGAAACAUUUUGUUCAAGGGUGUUUUCUAAGGAGUUCUGUAUGCUAGUGUGUAGAUCAGAAUCUUGGCUUGUGUGCGACUAGCAGCCACGGUUAGAUUCGUACACGUUCCAAGACCGACUUUCGUAUUUCUUAGUUAACAUAAAAACUGGUGUCUCCUAGCAUACAGUCAAUAAAAAGUGAUGUUGAUAUAUAUUUUAGAUUUGCACUUUAACAGAAAAAUUCCUGAGCCACUGUUGAACAGCUUCCAGUAAAGAAAUGACACACUAGGGUGCUGAGAAUGGCUUUUCGGUGAGAAAAGGGAACGGUCGUGAACAGGAUCUGUCCGCCUUCCUCUAGUUGUUUGUGCUUGUGCAUAUGGUAUGCUGUAUGCCUGUCGUUUCCCAUUUUUACAGUUUUACACACACACACUUUCAAGAAGCAUUGUCUGUAGAGGAGAUGCUAUUCCUUUGUCUCUUCUGUCCCCAUGUUUCCAGUAACAGAAGCAAUCAGCAUCUAUUGUAAUAGAGCCCUGAGCUAAAGAACAGAUUUGUUUGUAAUGUGCUGUUAACUUUGCCCAUGGAGGUGUCACACUGGUUGCAUACUGUCCUUGCAAAUCAGGUCACUGUAAGUGUAGUGGAUAUUAUGAUCAGUGUAGAACCAUGGUGAAACACCAGGUAGGCAGAUAUCUGGAAGUACAGAAAAGACACCCAGGAAAGCUGUGGUACAGCUCAGAAUGCUGCUCAGUAACAAACAGUAUUUGACUAUCUCUCCUGCUUAUGGCUGGACAUGCUAAAAGGAGCAGUGUACCACAGCCUGGCUUGUGGCAGUGGGACCAGGAAGCCGAUACCCCCACUGGACCAGAUCUUCAAGAUAUCAGUGUUCGUGGAAUAAAAAAAAAAAAAAA